CUCUCAACCCGUCUCACCCAACAUGCCGUCGCUGCUUUUAGUAGUAUUCAUCUUGCAGUUCCUGCUCCACAUUAUCAACACGGUCGGCGCGAGCACUGUCAACGAUCUGCUAUGGAUAUUGUAUAACAAGCUUCCCACACCGACCUCCAGCUCUGCACAGAAGGCGCAGAAGCUCAAGAAGGAGAUUGUCCAGCUGAAGCGCGAGCUUGGGGCCACGUCGGCGCAAGACAACUUCUCAAAAUGGGCGAAGCUCGACAGGCAGCACAACAAGGCCAUGGCCGAGUUCCAGAAGAUUGAUGGCUCCCUCCGCGGUCACCAAACCGCCUUCACGUCCGCCGUCUCGACCCUCCGCUGGCUGGGCACCCAGGGCCUCCGCUUCGUCCUACAAUUCUGGUUCGCCAAGUCACCCAUGUUCUGGAUGCCCGCGGGCUGGCUGCCAUUCUACGUCGAAUGGAUACUGAGCUUCCCCCGCGCACCGCUCGGCAGCGUGAGCAUCAACGUCUGGGGCAUCGCGUGCGCCAGCAUGAUCGCGCUCGCCGCCGAAGGCCUCGCCGCCGUCUGGGUGCUCGCCACGAAACGCCCAACACCCAUCGCGACGGAGAAGAAGGAAGCCAUGGCAUUCGCGGCGGACCAGAAAUCUUCUGGCGAGAAGAAGGAGCUUUGA